AUGAGUAAGAAAAUUUUAUAUCAAGAUGAUGCUCGUCAAGCUUUAGAAAGAGGCAUAGAUAUUUUGUCAGAAUCUGUUUCAGUGACUUUAGGGCCGAAAGGUCGUAAUGUUGUUUUAGAAAAAAAAUUUGGUUCUCCCCAAAUAGUUAAUGAUGGUGUAACUAUUGCAAAAGAGAUAGAAUUACAAGAUACAAUUGAAAAUACCGGUGUCGCUUUAAUCAGGCAAGCGGCAUCUAAAACAAAUGAUGUUGCUGGAGAUGGUACAACUACUGCAACUGUGUUGGCUCAUGCAAUUGUAAAACAAGGUUUACGGAAUGUAGCGUCAGGUGCUAAUCCAAUGGUUUUGAAAAAAGGUAUAGAAAAAGCAGUGAAAUUUAUUGUAGCACAAAUAUCAGAGUAUUCUCGUCCAGUAAAUAAUAUAACAGAUAUUACACAGGUAGCAUCUAUAUCAGCAGGUAAUGAUUCUGAUAUUGGAGCUAUGAUAGCUAGUGCAAUAAAAAAAGUGGGCAAUGAAGGGGUUAUUUCUUUAGAAGAAGGACAAUCUACAGUUAUUGAACUUGAAGUGAAAGAAGGUAUGAAGUUUCAAAAAGGUUUUAUAUCACCUUAUUUUGCUACGGAUUCCUCUCGAAUGGAAGUAAUUUAUGAUAAUGCAUAUAUUUUAUUGACAGAUAAAAAAAUUACUUUGAUUCAGCAAGAGUUAAUCCCUAUUUUAGAGCAAGUAUCUAAAACUGGCAAACCUUUAUUAAUAAUUGCAGAAGAUAUAGAAAAAGAAGCUCUAGCUACACUUGUUAUAAAUAAAUUGAGAGGAAUUAUUAAUGUAGUAGCUGUAAGAGCACCUGGUUUUGGUGAUAGACGAAAAUCUUUAUUGGAAGACAUCGCUAUUUUAACAUCUGGGCAACUAAUCACUGAAGAUUUAGGUUUUACUUUAGAUAAUUUAUCUCUUAAUCAAUUAGGUAUAGCUAAAAGAAUACAUGUUACUAAAGAAUCUACAACAAUUAUUGCUGAUGAUAAUGAAUCUAACAUUAAAGUUCGAUGUGAUCAACUCCGUCGUCAACUUGAAGUUAGUAAUAAUAGUUAUGAAAAGGAAAAGCUGCAAGAAAGACUUGCAAAAUUGUCUGGAGGAGUUGCUGUAAUUAAAGUAGGAGCAGCAACUGAAACAGAAAUGAAGGAUAAAAAAUUAAGAUUAGAAGAUGCUAUUAAUGCUACUCGUGCAGCUAUUGAAGAGGGUAUAGUUCCAGGUGGAGGUUCAACUUUAGUUCAUUUGUCAGAAGAUUUACAAUUAUGGGCUAAUCGUAAUUUAGUGAACGAAGAAUUAGUUGGUGCUUUAAUAGUAGAAAAAGCAUUAGUUGCACCAUUAAGUAGAAUAGUCGAAAAUACAGGUCAUAAUGGAGCUGUUAUAGUAGAAAAAGUAAAGCAAAAAAUAUUUGCUAUUGGUUAUGAUGCUAAUCAAGAGAUAUUAGUUGAUAUGUAUAAAGCUGGUAUUAUUGACCCUGCUAAAGUUACUCGUUCUGCUUUACAAAAUGCAUCUUCAAUAGCUUCUAUGGUUUUAACAACAGAAUGUAUUAUAGUAGAAAAAGCUUAA